AAACAACAACUCCUGCAUCAACAAACAACAAUAAUUAGUCAUCUCUCUCUCUCUCUCCUCUUCUUUCGACCCUAAAAGCUCUCUCGUCUCCUUUUAAUCAAUCCUCUCAAUCGAAAGGAUCGAAUCCAUCGGAGCCGUCCAUUUUGAUCGAUCUGGCGUUCCUAGGGUUCUUCGCCCUCGGGUGUGAUUACAUUGUGCUGAAAUUGGAGUGGUGUACAUGGAGAGAGGUGGGAGGAGAUCCGGUGGUGUUUUAAUCAAAAAACGAAGCUCCUCUGGUUGCUUGAUUCUCAAGAAGAAGAGCGAUGGGCUUGGUGACUUUUCUUCCUUUCCGGAGACGAGUGAUUCCGAGUCUAGCGAUAAGCCCCUCAUGGCACACUAUGGCAAUGUAGAAGAGCCUCGUUUUGGGGUGAAAAGGGAUUAUCCUGAGGAUUGUUUUCUUGGAAAUAGCAGAGAGUGGAAGGAGAGGCAUAGAUUAGAAGAUGAGGAGGAGGAGGAGGUAGUGGAGUUAUUGAGGAGAUCCUAUGAUGGUAGUAAGAAAUCAUAUAUGGGGUCUGCUCAAUUUGGCACUAAUAGGGAAUGUGGAACUGCCUCUAGUAGUAAAUAUUUAGAUAUUGAGAGGAAGAGAAGAAGGCCAUCUUUAGAUAAGAAGAACUACAAGCUUGACAUGGAUUCCGAUCGACCAAUCAGGGUUCAGGGGAAAAAUGGUGUCCUCAAGGUGAUGCCCAACAAGCAUAAUAGGAUGCUGAGAGGGUUACCUCAAAGUUCCCCUCAUGUCCAACCUCAAAAACCUGGGGAGACUGGUAAAAUACGUGUCGCUAUCCAGUCGCAACCUGCUGUAAAGACUGAAAUUAUGCUUCCCCCUGCAAGGAUACACUCCAAUGGGUUGAAAAUACCACCCAUGAAAAGCAAGGGCCAUGACCAAGAUUCUGAAGAUAGUGAUUCUUCAGGGCGGCUGCAGAAGAGGAUCACUCAACCUCACAAUGUUUUGAAGAUUGAAAGAGAUAAAACUCUACCUGAGGCGGCAGCCCUUCCAAAAACCAGAGAAGGGAAGGUCAAGCGCGGUUCAGGCACGGAAAAGCAAAGAUUACGUGAGCGAAUUAGAGAAAUGUUGCUGGAAGCAGGGUGGACUAUUGACUAUAGACCUAGAAGGAACAGAGACUACUUAGAUGCUGUUUAUAUAAGCCCCCGGGGAACUGCAUAUUGGUCUAUUAUCAAGGCUUACGAAGCCCUUCUUAAGCAGGUCAAUAGUGGGGAAGAAGUGGCCAAACCACGUGAAGUUGGUUCCGCAGCUACUCUGAUCUCGGAUGAGAUACUCAGUCAGUUAACGCGGAAAACCAAAAGAAAGAUUGAAAAAGAUAUGAAAAGGGUGGAAGAAUGUGCCAAUGAUAGUGAUGGACAAGGAAGUCUUGGAGAUUUUACAGCUCCUCUUGAUGACGGACUUACACAUGGCUCACUGGAUCUAUCUGGUUGACGUAACUUGGUUAUAGACCGUGGGAACAUAGUACACUCAGUUGGUGGAGGACUUCUUCCAGUCGAUGUUUCAUCUCCUGGUAAACCUUGCAGCUUCAUGAUUAAAACGUAUUGGAGCAGCUUGGUAUUAAGUGUGCACCAAUAGCUUUUUCCUGGAUCUUUCUCUGUAAUUUUAGCAUGUUGAAGGUGAUCAGUGUCAUUCUCUUGUUUCUUCUAUCAAAACACUAUUCUAGCUAGAUGUUUGUUAAAUAUUUUUUCUGUUGGAUGAAUCGGCAAUGACUCGAGGAGUCUUCUUCACGUAGCUUCUAAAUCUAGUUUUAAAUAUUAUUGCUAACUUUUAUUUAUUUAUUUAUGAUAAUGCUUUUCUCAUU